AAUGCUCUGACUUUGUUGAUAUUUUCUGAAUUUUGAUAAUCAAUAGGUCACAGUUUAACUUGGAUCUGCACAAAUAUAAUAAUUAUCAUGAAGAUUAAGAUGAAAGAGUGCCGUGUUGUGGUACACAAACUGUCUGAUGCUGCUGUCAAGAGGGGCUGGCAUGCUGAGAUGAACCUCAUCCAAACACCUUCCGUAGUGUGCAGAGUCGAGUCUGAUGCUGUCAAGGCCAGUGGCUCAUUUAUACUCCCAGAGAAAGUGGGAGGUAACAUCAAGGCAGAGCCUAAAUAUGAGGAACAGGAUAUAACUGUAAAGAAGGAGCCUGAAUAUGAGGGAGAAGACAUAACUGCGAAGCAGGAGCCUGAAUAUGAGGGAGGAGACGUAACUGUGAAGGAGAAGCCUGCGCAUGAGGAAGAACACGUAACUGUGAAGGAGGAGCCUAAAUAUGAUGAAAUGGAUAUAUCUGUGAAGGAGGAGCCUGAAUAUGAGGGAGAAGACAUAAUUGUGAAGGAGGAGCCUGAAUAUGAAGGAGAAGACAUAACUGUGAAGGAGGAGCCUGAAUAUGAGGAAAAUGACCUAACAAUGAAGAAGCAGCAGCAUGAAUAUGAGGGCGACCAAAUAACUGUGAAGCAGGAGCCUAAAUAUGAGGCAGAAGACAUAACUGUGAAGCAGGAGCCUACAUAUGAGGAAAUGGAUAUAUCUGUGAAGGAGGAGCCUGAAUAUGAGGGAGAAGACGUAACUGUGAAGGAGGAACCAAUUGGCAUUGAAAUUGAGGCCCAGCAAGCGCUGAGUCCAUCGUCCCACGUGGCUAGCAAGAUGGAAGCGCAAGUCAAGGCUUCUGAUGCACAAGCAGCCCGCCAACUCCUCUCGCUCGCCCCUGCCGUGCCUGAUAUGCUGGGCAAGAAAAAAGAGCAGCCUGCAUCCGAGAUCGAUUCUGUAAACCACGCUGGCAGCGUCAACGCUUCUGCAGCAUCGUGCUCCCAGGAACACACCAACAGGCUCACUUAUUCCCAGCGUAGAUUUGCUGAUGCCGUAGUUACAACUUGUUCCAUUAGGCAGAACGAAGAAUAG